AUGUCUGAAGGUUUAGUUCAAAGAAGGCGAAAAAUUGUGGAAGAUGUUGAACAGGCAAACGAAAUUGAGCAGAACGACAACCAGCCAAAUGAAGAGGAUGAUACAGAAAAUAAUGAUAAAAUUCAGCGAUUAACUUUAAUGGAAGAAAUUUUGUUGUUGGGACUGAAGGACAGAGAGGGCUACACUUCUUUCUGGAAUGAUUGUAUAAGCAGUGGGUUGCGUGGCUGUAUUUUAAUUGAACUUGCCUUGAGGAAUCGAAUUGAACUUGAAAAGGCUGGCGUUCGCAAAAGGGGUUUUUCUUCUCGUAAAGUGCUCUUAAAAAGCGAUAAACCAACGGGUGAUGUUAUUUUGGAUGAAGCAAUUAAACACAUUAAGGAAACGAAUCAAAACGAGUCAGUUGUCUGUUGGGUAGAAUAUUUGAGGUUUUUUUAA